UUAUUUCGAUCAGGUGGUUGAUAGCUAUUUGCUCCAUUGGGUACGCAAUUUCUGACGCUGUUGACAUAAAACCUUCUCAUAAAGUCAUACCUCUCUGUUUCUCUUCUCUUCGCUUUUUAUUUUCCCGGGAAAGUGACGGAAAUGGCGGAAAAUCCAAAGCUGGAAUCAGUUGGUCCUGGCGAGAUAAACGGAUUAGAAGAAAAAUUCAUAGCCGAGAAAAUCUCUGUUGCGGAUCAAAUAAACGAUUUUCAUUACACAGCAGAUUCAUCUGAUAACUUCGUCAUUGAUAUGGGAAGCUUCUCCCAUGGCAGCAGCGAUAAAGAUAUUACAACAAGUUCAAGAAUCAAAUUGCAGAGAAGCCUUUCCCGGAAAGGAUCUCAGCGUGUCCCAGAGAAGAAGAUUAAUUCUUAUACAAAUGCUAAUGAUAGAGACUCCGCAGUUGUUGGGCCGUCACCAAGAGGGUCAUGCACGCCAGAAAAGCCCUCGAUGGUGGCAGUAGGGACCAUCGAUAAUUCGAGUAGCCCACAAGUCCAUCAUCAGAUCACCAUCACAGCCGGCAACAUCACCCCCGCCACUGAUGGCAGAUCGAUCAGAUCGGUUCUUCGAAGAAACAGCUUCAAGCACUCUUCUUUUUGGGUCCUUGAUCCCAAGAAGAUCCUUUUCUUAUUUGCCACCUUGUCAAGCAUGGGAACAAUCUUGCUGAUAUAUUUAACCCUUUCAAUCAGCAAGUACAGUACUGAUGAAAAUGGUCUUGAUUGGCAUCAGCAGUAAUACAUGGUUAGUUUUACGCUAUCCGAGUGGAAUUUCUUUACACAAAACCAACAAGAAAGGAUCAAACUCUUUGGUAAAAGGGGUUCCUUAAACGAAUCGGCCGAUUAUGAGGCGCACUUUGUGAGAGAAAGCAGACAGGAAGAUACAUAAAAGAGGAAUGAAUGAACUUGAUUUGGAUCGAAGAACCUAACCCCAAACCCCCUUUCUUUGUUUUUUUUUUUUUUCCAAGGCCCCUUAAUACAAAAUUAUUGUAGAAAUGAAGACAAGGACACAUUGCUCUGUGACAAAGAAAAGGAAUCUUCUUUAUGAUGUGUUGUGUCCUCUUUUUGUAAAGAUUUGGUGGCUCUACCGAGUUGAAUGGAAUAUCGGUGGAAGAUCAGAAAGUUAAGUACACUUUUGCACUCUUUUUUUCUUUCCCCAUACUUUUCAAUUUCGCCAGUUUCUUUUGGCAAAAAUCCGAGUUCAAGCAACCCUUUUUGUUGUAUGUGGCUUCCAUGUGGGAUUGGGCAGGCGAGGGAAACAUCAAACAACCUUGAGAUUGCGUAGCAAUAAAGUAUUCAUGUAUGCACGCGCACUGUGAAGCUUUUA